AUGUCGAGCUCGCCCGAGCCCAGCUCUGUCAACGGUCAUAUGUCACCGGAGACGGGAGCUUGUACUAGAAUAAUCCUUAAUGACCGUGUCAGCGAGAGCGACUUAUCAGACAUGAACGAGAAUGCCGCUUCCCAGGCUUCUUCUUCCUCAUCCCCCGUCCAAAACGAAUACUCCCAAGAUGCCGAGCAAGACCACGAAUCUCCCGGUGGUGCCGAGUCCAGCGAUAAUGGAGAACCUGUAAAUGCCUCAGAUGAUGCAGACUUUGACAUGGAAGAUAGCCCUGCUCCUUCCCAGAGUGACGCGCCUCAAGACGAUAGAUCAACCUCCAACAGCUCUCGACGUGCCCCUAAAAGAAAAGCUGGCGUAGGUGAAGAUGAAUAUAUUCGAGAGAACCCCGAACUUUAUGGAUUGAGAAGAAGCUCUCGCCCUACGAAGCAACCGAAGAUUGUUGAGUCUGAUGAAGAAGAAGAGGAAGAUUCUGAAUCUGAUAUCGUUCCUGCAAACCGCCGAACGAAGAAGCUCCGUGUGGAGCCCGUCUCGCGACAAUCUUCCAAACGAGGGACACCUGCCAGACAAACUGCGGCCGAUGAAUCAGACUCCGAUACCUACGGCGGAGCUCGCGCUCGGCUACUUAUUAAGAAAGUUCGUCGCCAACAAGCCCAACCUCAGUCCCUAUUGUAUGCUGAGAAGCGAUGGUCAAACCGACGAGCUGCUCAACAAGUCCAGACUUAUCAUGAAAGUGACAUUGAUGAGGAAGAUGAGAGCGAGCUCACGCCCAACCAAUGGCCCGGCGAGGAAACUGGCACGGACAAUCAGUACAUUGAAAAAGUUGUCGGACAUCGCGUCAUUGAUGGUGGCGAGAUGACUCAGGACGCGACCCGCGACGAUUUUGAAUACAAUAUCAAAUGGCAAGGUAAAUCCUACCUUCAUAACACGUGGGAUACAUUGGAGAUUCUUCGUGGGUAUCGUGGAUUCCGCAAGCUUGAGAAUUACUAUAGGCGUACUAUUGAGUACGAGCUGGACCUCAAGUUUGGCGGUGAUGACAUACCACCAGAGACCCGAGAACAAUACAUGCUCGACAAGGAACGCGAACACGAUGCUUUAGAGGAUUAUACCAAAGUUGAGCGAAUUGUUGCCCAGCGAAGCGGUGAGGAGGGAAGAGAGUACUUCGUCAAAUGGAAGGGGUUGACCUACGAGCAUUGCACAUGGGAAGAGACUGAUACUAUCUCCGAGGCUGCGGAAGACAAGAUUGAACAGUUCCUCGAUCGUCAGUCAAGGUCCUGGACGUCGGACAAAUACGAGUCCAAUCCUACAACACGAAGCAAGUUCAUAAAGAUGGAUCAACAACCAAGCUACAUCCAAGGUGGCGAGUUGAGAGGUUUCCAGCUUACAGGAUUGAACUUUCUGGCUCUCAAUUGGUGUCGGGCGAACAAUGUCAUUCUGGCCGAUGAAAUGGGCCUCGGAAAGACUGUUCAGACCGUGUCAUUCUUGAGUUGGCUACGCAAUGAGCGCAAGCAAGAAGGACCGUUCCUAGUUGUUGCACCACUAAGUGUUAUUCCUGCUUGGUGUGAUACUUUCAACCUAUGGACUCCGGAUCUUAACUAUGUUGUUUACCUCGGCAAUGCUGAGGCGCGAAGUACAAUCCGGGACCAUGAACUCAUGUUCAACGGCAAUCCCAAGAAGCACAAAUUUAAUGUCCUGGUCACCUCCUACGAAUACAUUCUCAUGGACGCAGAUUUCUUGAGAACCAUUAAGUGGCAGGCGCUAGCUGUUGACGAGGCCCAUCGUUUAAAGAACAAGGAGGCCAAGCUUUACGCGGAGCUUGUUAGUUUCGGUGCCCCUGCCAGAGUUCUGAUCACUGGCACACCGAUUCAGAAUAACUUGGCAGAACUAUCCUCACUCCUUGACUUCUUGAAUCCUGGCAAGGUUCAAAUAGACGAGGACUUGGACACCCUAGCUGCUGUGGAUGCUCAAGCAAAACUUCAAGAUCUGCAUGCCGCUAUUUCACCCUUUAUUCUGCGCAGAACCAAGGAGACGGUCGAGUCAGACCUUCCACCCAAGACCGAGAAGAUCAUUCGUGUAGAGCUCUCAGAUGUUCAGCUUGAGUACUACAAGAACAUUCUUACUCGGAACUACGCCGCUCUCAACGAGGGCAACAACGGGCAAAAGUCGUCCUUGUUAAAUAUUGUCAUGGAACUGAAGAAGGUCAGCAACCAUCCGUAUAUGUUUCCUGGCGCUGAAGAGAAGGUCCUCAAUGGCAGCGAACGUCGCGAAGAUCAAAUCAAGGGUCUCAUUGCUAGCAGUGGGAAAAUGAUGUUACUUGAUCAGUUGCUUGCGAAGCUGAAAAAGGAUAACCACCGUGUUCUCAUCUUUAGCCAAAUGGUAAAGGUACUUGACAUACUUGGCGACUACCUUCGUCUGCGUGGUUAUCAGUUCCAGCGACUUGACGGCACUAUAGGCGCCGGCCCGAGACGCCUAGCCAUCAAUCAUUUCAAUGCAGACGAAAGUUCCGAUUUCUGCUUCCUACUCUCCACCAGAGCCGGUGGCUUGGGUAUCAAUCUGAUGACUGCCGAUACUGUCAUCAUUUUCGACUCGGACUGGAAUCCACAGGCAGAUCUUCAGGCUAUGGCAAGAGCUCAUCGUAUUGGUCAGAAGAAGCCUGUCACUGUCUACCGCCUUGUCUCUAAAGAGACCAUCGAAGAAGAAGUCCUCGAGCGAGCUCGGAACAAGCUUUUACUCGAGUAUCUUGCCAUCCAAGCUGGUGUCACAGACGACGGAAAGGCAUUCAGGGAGGAGUUCAGACAGAAGGGUCUCCGGAUCGACGAAGCCAAGUCAGCAGAUGAUAUUCAAUGGGUGCUAAAAAUGCGAUCCCAGAAGAUGUUCGAGCAAUCUGGCAACCAAGAGAGGCUAGAGCAACUUGAUAUCGACUCGAUUCUUGAGAAUGCAGAAGUUACCAAGACCAAGGUUGAUGACAAAAUGAACCUGAGCACUGGUGGUAUCGACUGGGACAACUUCAUGCAGUACACUGAUGUUAAGGUUGAUGACCUAAAUCUUGACUGGGACCAGAUUAUACCAGCAGACCAGCUAGCAGCGAUCAGGGCUGACGAAGACAAGAAGAAAGAAGAGGAAUAUCUCGCAAAAGAAGUGGAGGCCAACGCUCCACGCCGUGCAGCCUUGAAGAGCUCGAGAUCCAAUGGUGACUCUGAAAGAGCCGAACGAAUUGCGAAGAAACGAGAGCGUGAGCAACAAAAGCAGGACCGUCUCGAGGAACAGCGGGCCAUGCUCUCGGAUCCUCGUCGGCCGCUGAAUGAGAAAGAAACUCGAAAUCUCAUCCGAGCCUUUAUGCGAUACGGCUUUAUUGAAGAUCGUCCGGACGAGCUACUACGUGAUGCACGGUUGAGCGAUCGGGAUCGAGACUUCAUCAGAGAAAUGCUUCAGGAUCUCGUCGAUAUGUCUCGGGAGGCGGUCGAGAAGAACAAUGAAGAGAUCCGAAACCAGGAGCAGCAGACGCAGAAAAAGCUGACCAAGAAGGACAUUAAGGCAGUGAUGUUUGAUUUUGGCGAGGUUAAAAAGAUCAAUGCCGAGACUAUCCUUGAUCGUCCGCCACAGCUACGUCUCUUGCGGCGUGUCCUGAAUGAAUUACCGGACUUUCGAACGUUCCGUCUUCCAGAUGCCACCAAAGCAGCACAUUAUAGCUGUGAAUGGGGUUCUAAAGAGGAUGGGAUGCUUCUCAUUGGAAUUGAUCGAUAUGGCUUCGGCGCCUGGCAACAGAUUCGCGACGAUAGAGAACUCGGUAUGCAAGACAAGUUCUUCUUGGAGGAGCAUCGUAUCGAGAAGAAGCAGGAGAGAGAGCACGGCGAGAGCAAGGGCGCAAAGGCCCCCGGAGCUGUCCAUCUUGUCCGUCGCGCAGAAUAUCUGUUGUCGGUUCUUACGUCGAUUCAUUCGGAUGAUGUCAAUGCCCAAAAGAUUGUCGAAAACCACCAUCGCAACAACAAGAAAAAUACCCAUGGGAUGUCUAAUGGUCACCGCCGUCCCGAGAAAGGUGGAUCUAUCUCUGCCUCGCCUGCUCCCCAAAGUGCAAAGAAGGCAUCGCAUCGCGAUAGGGAAAACGACCGUUCUCAUUCCCGUGGGGACCACCAUCGCUCCCGUAGCAGUAUUGGGGAAAGCGGCACGCCGCGACCAGAUGCGAAGCGAAAGCAUGGCGGUGAGGUAGAUGAUCGUCGACACAAGCACCGCCGAGUUGAAGAACUCCGUAGAUCUGAUGUCAACCUCCAGCAAGCUGAAGACGACGAUGACGAGAGAAAUGCACCUGUUAUCCAAGCGCUCAUGCAGCCUAUAUGGACACACGUCGAAAAGGUUGAAUCAUGUACCAAGGCAAACAUACCGGUUGCCAAGGCUAGAGCUAAGGUUCUCAAGUCUGAAAUAACCGCUAUUGGUGAUUUUAUCGAAGGCCUCCAUAAGUCAUCAGGCUUAUCACUUGACCAACUGGAGGAGCUGAAACCCAAACUUUGGAGAUUCAUUUCUAAGAGAAUACCGGCCUCCGAGAAGCAAUCCUCCAAUAAACCAGAAAAGGAUAAAUCUGUGUCGCAGUCCUCCGGUAUGACUGGCCCGCGUUUAGCGGCAUUAUACCAGCAACUGAAAGAAUCGGACAAGAACGGCAGUGUCCAGAAGCCGAAGAGUACUAGCACGACUCUUGUUAACGGAGCCCCUCGCAAUGAGUCGUCUAAGGCUAUCAAGUAA